AGAAUGAAUCUAGUAGAUGAGCAUCAGUGCUCUCGCCGUGUUGGCGCAUGCGCAGUGCGCAGAAUUGUUAUGAAACCGUUCUGUUUUGGCCCGGUUCUGUGGAACAAGAGUUUAAUGAACGGAGUAGUUCUGCAGUGAUUCUGCUGACACAUAUUUAUAAGCUCGGACAUGAUUUUAACUCUGGGACUCACUUAAAAUCAUUUACCUGCCUCUGUACCGCCUCAGGGCUCGAUCUGAACAUCUGGAGCGCGUCGGACCGAACCUCAGACUCCAGCAUCAUGUCCAUCAACUCCAUCCACUGGUUCCGUAAGGGCCUGCGUCUCCAUGACAACCCGGCCCUGCUGGAGGCGCUGAAGGGGGCCGAUACGCUGCGCUGCGUCUACUUCCUGGACCCCUGGUUCGCCGGGGCCUCCAACCUGGGCGUCAACAGGUGGAGGUUUCUGCUGCAGAGUUUGGAGGAUCUGGACUCUAGUCUUCGUAAACUCAACUCUCGUCUGUUCGUCAUCCGCGGUCAACCGGCCAACAUCUUCCCACGGCUCUUCAAGGAGUGGAAGGUGUCGCGGCUGACGUUCGAGUGCGACUCUGAGCCGUUCGGGAAGGAGCGAGACGCUGCCAUAAAGAAGCUGGCGUCUGAAGCAGGCGUGGAGGUCAUCGUGAAGAUCUCGCACACGCUCUACGACCUGAACCGGAUCAUCGAGCUGAAUGGCGGUCAGCCGCCGCUCACGUACAAGCGCUUCCAGACCCUGGUGAGCGGCAUGGAGCCGCCCGAACCUCCGCUAGACCCGCCGACUCAAGAGCUGAUGGGAAACUGCAUGACGCCCGUCAGCGACGACCACGGAGAGAAAUAUGGCGUUCCCCUGCUGGAGGAGCUGGGGUUCGACACCGAGGGUUUGGCUCCUGCCGUUUGGCCCGGAGGAGAAUCGGAGGCGCUGAGGCGCAUGGACCGGCACCUCGGACCGGAUUCUGUCGCGGCAUGGCAGGAGAACUUUGAGCGUCCGAAGAUGAACUCCAGUCCGCUGCUGGCCAGUCCGUUAGGAUUGAGUCCGUACCUGCGCUUCGGCUGCCUGUCCUGCCGCCUGUUCUACAGCAAACUCACACAACUCUACAAGAAGGUGAAGAACAACGCAAACCCGUCCAUCUCUCUCUACGACAAGAUCCUAUGGCGGGAGUUCUUCUACACGGCCGCCACCAACAACCCACGCUUCGACCGCAUGGAGGGAAACCCCAUCUGCAUCCGCAUCCCGUGGGACAGGAACGCAGAGGCGCUGGCCAAGUGGGCCGAAGCCCGGACGGGUUUCCCCUGGAUCGACGCCAUCAUGACCCAGCUGCGUCAGGAGGGCUGGAUCCAUCACCUGGCGCGUCACGCCGUGGCCUGUUUCCUGACCCGCGGAGACCUGUGGAUCAGCUGGGAGGAGGGCAUGAAGGUGUUCGAGGAGCUGCUGUUGGACGCCGACUGGAGCGUGAAUGCGGGCAGCUGGCUCUGUCACUCCUGCAGCUCCUUCUUCCAGCAGUUCUUCCACUGCUACUGUCCUGUGGGAUUCGGCCGGAGGAUCGACCCCAACGGAGACUUCAUCAGACGUUACUUACCUGUCCUCCGAGAUUUUCCAGCCAAGUUUAUAUACGACCCCUGGAACGCGCCGGAAGAUGUGCAGCUCGCCGCCAAAUGCGUGAUCGGAGUGGACUAUCCCAAACCGAUGGUGAACCACGCCGAGGCCAGUCGCCUGAACAUCGAGAGGAUGAGGCAGAUCUACCAGCAGCUGUCCAGAUACCGCGGACUCAGUCUUCUCGCCACCGUUCCGUCCAACCACAUGGAGGAUGUGAGUGUAAACGAAGCCCGAGGGUCAGCAGUGCCCCCUGAACGCCAGAGGAUGCAGAGCAGUGUGACGUCUCACCGGGUCAGGAGAGAGCAGUCCAGACCGACCGGAGUGAAACAUCGUGGUGCAAGAUACCGACACUCCCUCAGCCACCGUACGUCGCCCUACACCACCCAGAGUGACCUGACGAACGACGGCCAUGAGUUUGCCGUCCCACAACAACCGGGGCGUCUGAGUUGGCCGUUUGGGGGCGGGACUGGAAAGAGGGAAAGGGAGGCGGAGCACAACAGUUGCCAUGGUGACAACAGCCCCUCCUCCUCUUCCUCCACGCAACAGCAAGAUGACAAGAAGAGGCGGGAAGAUGCAGAGGGCGUGGCCUUCUCAUCAUAAGCCCCACCCACUGAUGGAUUCGUAAAAUGUAUCGUAAAUUUCCUCGCGUGUUAAAGACUAACAUUCAGAGUAAUUAAAAACGAUUAAACAGCUGAUGCAGUCAGAUUGUGGCAAAGACACGACUUUGACGUUUUAAAAGCAACAAAAUUAUUUAUUAUCAUGAGAAUUGAUUUUAAAAGUCAGAUGUAAAUACUGUCUUCGUGACCUUAAAGGCCUUUCACACCAAAUGCUAUAUGAAUGGUCUGUUCGUUCAAACGAAUAUUCGUCCAAAUGUUUUGAUAGCUCUGGAUUUAUAUUGUAUUUGACGAACACGUGAACCAAAGCUCAAGUCUUAUUGGUCGACACAUUUUCGUCACCAGAUGAAAAAAAAAAAAGUCUGUUUUUAAUCGAUUUGUUUGGUGUGAACGGACCUUAUUAUGAAAAAACAAGUAAUCGUUAACAGCCAAAGAAGAACACGCAUCACGCCACAUCUAAACGAAUCCAGAUUCGCUCAGUAUUACCGAAGAGUUUCUGCGGCGCUGCUCUGAACCGGCCUCACCUGUACAUACCUGCAUCUGUUUCCAUGGUGAUGCGAGAGUCAGAUGAUCGUCCGGUCCUGGGGUCGGACACAUUUGGGUCCAAACUACGUGUAAAUGUACCACAGAUGAACGAUUGUCCCAUCUUCUGUAUUAACGACUGUCUUUUGUUUAGAUUCUGUCGUUGGAGAUGAAAAACGUUAUGUUAUGCUAUUAUGUUUGUGUUGUUGCACAGAUGUUUGUGUCAACGGUCUUCCAUCACUCACUGUACAUUAUUGUCAUCGGUUAUUUUCAUUGUUUCCAUCUCCAUGUACUCCAGCAUUUUGUAUAUGACAACAGUAUCUGUAGCUGUACAUUUUUACUGCUUGUAUUUUUCUACAGAAUAUUCGUAGCUGUUUUGAAUUUUAAAUAUUAGUCUGUCUGUGUGGUACUUCAUCAUUCAGCUAAUAAAAAAAAAAUAUUUAAAAACAAA